GGCCUGCUCUUAGGCUGUGGCUGUUUGCCAGCUGGACGAGCCAGCCUCCCCAAGGACGCAUAACCUUUAUCAGCUUCCUAAAGUAGGCCAUGGUGCCUAUCAGCUCUCUCAGGGCAGUUUCUGUAACAACCAUGGCCGCCUUCGUGGAGCUCAGUACCAAAGCCAGGAUGCCCAUCGUGGGCCUGGGCACCUGGAAGUCUCCCCCUAAUAAAGUCAAGGAAGCUGUGAAGGCCGCCAUUGAUGCUGGGUAUCGCCACAUUGACUGCGCCUAUGUGUAUCAGAAUGAGAAUGAAGUGGGGGAAGCCAUCCAAGAGAAGAUCAAGGAGAAGGCCGUGAAGCGGGAGGACCUCUUCAUUGUCAGCAAGCUGUGGCCCACCUUCUUCGAGAAAAGCCUGGUGAAGAAAGCCUUUCAGAAAACCCUCACGGAUCUGAAGCUGGACCACCUGGACCUGUAUCUAGUUCACUGGCCACAGGGAUUCCAGGCCGGAAAUGAAUUUUUACCAAGAGACGAAAAAGGCAACAUUCUCGUCAGUAAAGCCACAUUCUUGGAUGCUUGGGAGGCCAUGGAGGAACUGGUGGACCAGGGGCUGGUGAAAGCCCUGGGCAUCUCCAACUUCAACCACUUGCAGAUUGAGAGGCUCCUGAACAAGCCUGGACUGAAACAUAAGCCAGUGACCAAUCAGAUUGAGUGCCACCCAUUUCUCACCCAGGAGAAACUGAUCCAGUACUGUCACUCCAAGGGCAUUGGCAUCACGGCCUACAGCCCUCUGGGUUCCCCAGACAGACCUCAAGCCAAGCCAGAAGACCCUGUUGUACUGGAGAUUCCCAAGAUUAAGGAGAUUGCUGCAAAGCACAAGAAAACUGCAGCCCAGGUUCUGAUUCGGUUCCACAUCCAAAGGAAUGUGGUGGUGAUCCCCAAGUCUGUGACACCCUCCCGCAUACAAGAGAACAUUCAGGUCUUUGACUUCCAGCUGAGUGAUGAAGAGAUGGCCACCAUUCUCAGCUUCAACAGAAACUGGAGGACCUGCGGCGUGUUUGCGGCAAGUCAUCUCGACGACUUCCCUUUCCACGCCGAAUACUGACACGGAUUCACCUGAUGAGCUUGCCCAGUCGCCCUCUUCACGGGUGUGCCAUCCUCUCCUCAGGACUCCUGUUGUUGCCAAGCCUACCAGAUACCACACUGAACCAGCCACAAGAAGACAAUUCUGCACUUAAACCUCAUGUUCAGCUAGAGGCAGCCUGUCACAGACAGGACAAUGGUUUUCACUAAUUAGAUCUGGCCAAAUGUUUGUCUUACCCCAGAAACACUGGUAAUUCUGAGGAUAUAAAGAUCAAACAAUACAAAUAACAAUCACCACACACAUUUAGCAGUCAGGAGAGCUUUCUGAACGCCGUGGGUCCAACUUUCACCAUUCAUAUUUUACAGAAGAGGAAAUGAAGCCAAGAAUUUGCUUGGGGAGAGGUCAGGACAAUUUGCUGUCUUUGUCAUCCCAAGCCUUCUCCUGGCAGGUACCUGCCUCUUUCCCCAAAGACUUGACUCUUUCCUCUUCUUGCUCUUUCCUCUGAUAUGCCAUGACAAAGGUCAAUGCUGCUGGUAGAAGAGCCCUUAAAAUUCACACAAUUCCACUAUCGAGAGAGAAAGAGAGAAAGAGAGAGAGAGAGAGAGAGAGAGAGAGAGAGAGAGAGAGAGAGAGAAUGGCAUUUGUGGGAAUGGGGCAAGGAAUGAGGGAAUCUGGACAUGACAACAUUAACUGUUGCCGAUAAUCUAAAACUCUAUUCCUAGAAAGUAUGUUAAGAAAACAUUCUUAGAAACAUUUCCAAUUAUUUAGGAACAUCCACAUGAAAGCUUAAUGAGCAAAUGGUCAUUCAUUUUACAAAUAAAACAGAACUAACAGUU